AAUAAGCAUGUUAUGAAUGCUUAUUUGUACAAAGGUUACUUCUUAAUAACGAACUAAACACAUACAUAAUUAAGGAAAUACGAAAGAUUGAAACUUCCUCGAAAUUUUAGUGUUACCGACAUCAUCAUCAGAAUAUCAGCUUCUUCGUCUGGAACAGAAGGAAAACAUAAAAAUGGUGCGCCUGUCUGUCGUAACUUUGAUUGCCUGUUUUGUAUCUAUUAGUAUAGUCAUGCAAGGAGCUGACGCCCAGAAUUGUGCUUCUACAGAAACAAUUGGAUGCCAAAUGAGUUACGACGGUGCAGUAGGAAUAGCAGAAGGAGACAAGAAGAUAAUAUGCAGUGCAGCGAAUUCCUUUCUUGGUUGUUUGAAACAAGUUGUUACUGACUGCAACAUGACUGACCCUUCUGUCGUAAGCCAAACAAUUGCUCCUGGCAAACAGGCACUUUCUGAUAAUAAAUGUGGAAGCGGAGUUGGCCCCCAGGAUUGUGCUUCACCAGAAGAAAACUCAUGCCAAAGGAGUUACGACGACUCGGAAGGAAUUGCAAAAAAAGAUAAGAAAAAAAUAUGCAGUGCAGCGAAAACCUUGCUGGAUUGUUUGAACAAAGUUGUCACUGACUGCAACAUGACAGACCCUACUAUCGUAAGACAAACAAUUGCUCCUGGCAAACUGGCCCUCUCUGAUAAUAAAUGUGGAAGCGGAAAUAGAGCUGGAAGUCUUGUUUUCAACUUGUAUGCUAUGGUGUUAGUACUUAUAUUUUAUAAAGUGUUUUAGAUAAAUCUACAUAAAAAUAUUUAUAAUUAAAUUUGGACAAAUAUUCAUGAACCAAAUCCUAUUGGAACACUUUCAGAUAUUGUCUAUUG